AUGGCAGAUUGCGUAGCAGUUUCUUCACCUUCAUUUGCCAAUUUGCAUUUGCGGAGAAGCUGUGUCAAAGCUAGGGCUUCACAAACAAAGUAUUCCUAUGGAAACUUUAAAGUUAUCCAGCUCUCUACACGGAAAACAUGCGAUUCUGGGCUCUCAAAUUUGAAAGCAAGUCCUGUUAUCAGGAGGACUUCCUUAAAGCGCCGUUGCUUUGGAUCUUUGGUCGACCCUAAUGGUGCAGUGCCAUCUGCUUGGAUUUCUGUCAGUGAUCAGUUACUUCUGAUGGCUAGUAUAUUUCUUACAUAUAUGGCUGGAGUAAUUCCUCUCCGCAACUCUGAUUUCACUACUCGGAAGAAUUUCUUGGAGGACAAUGUGGUCGUUGAAACCCCAACUUCUUCUGGUAGUUAUAGGAAGAAAGAUGACCACGUUAAUUUAAAGCAUGCUUGGGAUGCAGUGAAGAAAAAACUUUUGGAUUCUCUAGAUUCUAUGGAACGCAAGAGCAACAUGGGAAACAAAGUCCUUCAAUUUGAGCAACAGCAUACAAAGCGACCUUUAAGUUUGUUUGCUGUAUCAGAGGGCCCAAAGUUGCGAUUGCUGUGGGCUUCUUUGCAGAGGCUUGAGGAAGAGGCAGGCACCGUAAAUAAAGUAUUUGCUGAUUGUGAUGCUGUUAGCAUGGAUGAUUGGCUGACAAUAUUUCCUGAAAUUAUUCAAAAAUCCUGCCACCCCGUAUGCAUGGCUUGGCUGGUAGAGGAGCUUCACCUAGAAAACAAGAAGUCUGACAUGGCGCUUGUUUCUUUGAUGUUCGAGAAGUUGAAGGGAGAUGAUAUUGUUUUGCAGAAUAUUAGAAAGUCAGGCAAAGAAGAUCUUUAUGCAGAAUUAUUAUACUUUCUUAGAUUUGGUUCUCUCAGGAAGAGCUGCUGUUAUGAUUGUAGACUGUUUGUUUUGCAUGGAGAUUCCAUAUUGGAAGAUUUGGUGAUAACUUUAGCAGAUGGGAUUGCUAGUGUUUAUCUGGAGCUUAUUUCUGUUGAUGGUAAUUUAUCAAAUGAAAUGAACAGCCUGGAUAUGUUUAUGUGUAAUUUGUCAACCCGAGCACUCCAGAGAUUACGCAAUGAGGUGGCUCUGAAUCAGUGGAUGUAUCAAAAUGUGGAGGCAGUUGUAUCAAUGUAUGAGGACCGAUUUGAUCUGUGUACUCUUCAAUUGAAAGUGAGUGAAGAACCCAGCGAGAAUCAGAUUGAAAAUCAUACUUGGUGGAAGAAGCUUACUCUGAGAAAAUCUGGAAUGGUGCGAUCUUCAUGUUUCAGUGCUAUAAGCCACUUCUCUAUGUCUGUAAAGCGGACAAAGGAAUUGAGAGCCUUGACAGGGUGGAGAUACUACUUCAGUUUAUACCUUGAGUUAUCUGACAUUAUGAUGCCAUUGGUUAGAGCUGUUAUUGACAAAGUCAGCAAUGCCAUUUCAUUCUUCCUAGUAACCUUGAUAGGUAGGUCAUUAGGACUCAUCUGCACUGGAAUUAGGCAGUCCCUGCGAUGGAAGUAA